AUGGCAACAAAUACUGAUCUUAUCCAACCUGAAGAAACACGGAUCGUGAUAGUGGGGGAGAACGGAGUUGGUAAAAGUGCAACAGGAAACACUAUUCUGGGAAGAGAAGCAUUUAAAUCCAGGUGCUCCCCUACAUCUGUGACCAAAGGCUGUGCUAAGGCUGACGUUAAGGUGAAUGGACGAAAGGUUUCUGUCAUCGACACACCAGUCCUGUUUAAUACCAGGACUGAUGAAGAGAUGAGGCACAGGAAUAUUACCCAGUGCUUUUCUCAUGCUUCUCCUGGACCCCAUAUCUUCCUGAUUGUUAUCAAACUGGACCGAUUCACAAAGGAAGAAACGAAGAUGGUGAGGAAGAUUCAGCAAAUCUUUGGACCCGAGGCAGACAAGUUCUGCAUGGUCCUCUUCACUCAUGGUGACCUGCUUGGAGGAGAACCUAUUGAAACGUUCUUGGAGGAAAGUGAAGACCUUAAGAAGCUUGUAGCCAACUGUUACGACCAGUACCACGUCUUCGAUAACCACCUGGAGGAUCGUUCACAGGUCAGAGAGCUGCUCAGCAAGAUCAGGAAUAUAAUCAGGAGGAAUAAGGGGAGCCACUGCAACACUUUAAUGCUCCAAAAGGUUGGGAAAGAGUUGGAAAUCAAAAAAGGAGUAUUGUAA